UCUAGGCUGAAUUUUCUCCACUGGCUUGGGAACUGGCCUCUUCUCAGCACUCGCACUGCUGCCGGCUGGAUGACAGCUGAUCUGGGACUCCUCAAGGCGGAGUCCUUUCCAGACACAGCCGCCUCCACCCUCAACCGCACUCGUCUCUCUCGCGGCCGGUCUAGGACCACCAGGACCAAUUUCGGGGUUCUCCUUCUCCAGUGAGACUCGGCAGAACAGGCUUCAAGAGAAUCGGGGGCAGAGGACGAGUAAGAAGUAACCGCUAUUGCUGUGAAUUCCUUUGGACAAUUGAUGAUAUUUAUCAUUGUGCCCAGUUUCUAAAAAUAAAAGAUGGGUGGAUUAUUUUCUCGGUGGAAGACAAAACCGUCAACUGUAGAAGUUCUGGAAAAUAUAGAUAAGGAAAUUCAAGCAUUGGAAGAAUUUAGGGAAAAAAAUCAGAGAUUACAAAAAUUAUGGGUUGGAAGAUUAAUUCUCUACUCUUCAAUUCUCUAUCUGUUUACAUGUUUAAUUGUAUACUUGUGGUAUCUUCCUGAUGAAUUUACAGCAAGACUUGCCAUGACACUUCCAUUUUUUGCUUUUCCAUUGAUCAUCUGGAGCAUAAGAACAGUACUUAUUUUCUUCUUUUCCAAGAGAACAGAAAGAAAUAAUGAAGCAUUGGAUGAUUUAAAAUCCCAGAAGAAAAAAAUACUUGAAGAAGUCAUGGAAAAAGAAACUUAUAAAACGGCUAAAUUAAUUCUUGAAAGGUUUGACCCAGACUCAAAGAAAGCAAAGGAGUUUGAGCCGCCAUCUGCUGGAGCAGCUGUAACUGCAAGACCUGGACAAGAGAUUCGUCAGCGAACUGCAGCUCAGAGAAACCUUUCUCCAACACCAGCAAGCUCUAGCCAGGGCCCUUCUCCACAAGUUCCAGUAUCUCCUGGACCACCAAAGGACAGUUCAGCCCCUGGUGGACCCCCAGAAAGAACUGUUACUCCAGCCCUAUCAUCAAAUGUGUUACCAAGACGUCUUGGAUCCCCUGCUACUUCAGUGCCUGGAAUGGGUCUUCAUCCUCCAGGUCCACCUUUAGCAAGACCCAUUCUCCCCCGAGAGCGAGGUGCUCUGGAUAGAAUUGUUGAAUAUUUAGUUGGUGAUGGUCCACAGAACAGGUAUGCCCUUAUAUGUCAGCAGUGUUUUUCUCAUAAUGGAAUGGCUUUGAAAGAAGAAUUUGAAUACAUUGCUUUUCGAUGUGCCUACUGUUUUUUCUUGAAUCCUGCAAGAAAAACUAGACCUCAGGCUCCAAGACUUCCAGAGUUUAGUUUUGAGAAGAGGCAGGCAGUGGAAAGCUCAAGUUCAGUUGGUCCCUUGCCCUCAGGAAGUGUGAUUUCGUCAGAGAACCAGACCAGUGAAGAAUCUUUAGAAGAACAAGAUGUUCUUGAUAACAGUACAGAGCAGACAGAUCAGAAAAUAUCAGAUACAGAGCAGACAAACCAAGGGAUUGAAAAAAUUUCUGGCACAGAGGACCCAGAGGAGAGACAAGAGACCGAGAAUGAGGAGACCUCGGUGAAUGAAGCCAAAUCAACAGUUCCCAGAGUGGAUUCUAUUCCGAAUCCUGAACUCAGUGGAGAAUCUUUGAUGGCAGUGUAGUAAAUGCUUCCACGUGCCUUCCACUGGA